AUGCCAUCUGUAGCACACUUAGUCUACUUCUAUGCCUCACUAUUUUUUCUCUUGGGUCGCACACUGGCUGUAUCACUUUAUCUCGCUGAGGUCAACGAUCGUUCGCGCGAACCACUGGAAGUGAUAAAACAAGUACCCAAAGACGGUUAUAACGCGGAAGUCGAUCGAUUUGCGCACGAGCUGGCUAUGGAUACAGUGGCGCUGACUGGACUACAAUACUUUAAUGUUACUCGGGGACUGGUCUUGACAGUCGCCGGAACAAUCGUUACCUAUGAGCUGGUGCUUAUACAAUUUCACGAAGAUCAAAAAUUAUGGAAUUGUAAUUGA